AUGACAAAAAGAACCCGCUCCCACCUGGGUCUCCCCCUGAACCUGGAUAACCCUCAGACAGACCAGGACAACCCGAACCAGGAUCAUGCCUCAGGACCCCUUUUCACCACCGUGAACCCGGACGAGAACCAAACAAUCAACCCUAAUGAUGCCCGGGUUACGAUCGAAAUGAACCAAUACAAGUACACCGAUGUCCCGGUCACCACCCACCACCUGUCCCAGCUCACCAGUGUGGAAUUGGCUGAAGCCAUCCGACAAUACCAUGAUCGCCGGGAAAGCACCCGCAGGCUUGAGCACAUCGACGAGUCUGAGGACUCCGGGAACAGUCGUCAAUCCCGGGGUUCCGUCUUCGACCGGCUCGGAGAAAAAGCAAAGAAAAAGAAACAAAAAGAAAGUAAGGAAACCCGACAGAGAAUCCUGGCCGAAAGGAAAGAACAGAUCCGAAAAGAAGAGGAGGAGAAACUAGAACAAAAAAUUGCUCUCCGGGUCCAACUCGAAGAGGAGAAGUUGACAAAAGGAUCCCGGUCCAAACGAUACCGGAAGGAAACAACACCCGAACUCAUCUCUGAUGACGAGAAUGAGGGACCAGGGCAAACCAACCUCAGAGACAUGAUCAACGAACUCAACAGGAAAAUUGGGAAUGAAUCCGGGCACGAAAUAGGAGGAACCCUAACUCCCUUCAGCCAUUCCUUGGAAUCCAUUCCCCGACAAAAGGGCAUGAAACACUACAACUUUGAAUCCUUCAAUGGACUAGGUGACCCGGAGGAACACCUGCACUAUUUUGAACAGAUAGCCCUGAUCUACUACUACAAUGAUCUGACCAAAUGCCGCUUCUUCGCAUCCACAUUGAAGGGAAGGGCCCAGAGAUGGUUCAGCCGGAUCCCCUCUGGGAGCAUCGGGUCCUGGAAGGAUUUCAGGGAAGCCUUCCUCAGAAGGUUCCGAGCAAACAAGACACAUGAACUUCAUAUGUGUCACCUGGAAACGGUUCGCCAAUAUGACAACGAAGCACUUUCAGACUACAUGAAACGUUUCCAGGAAGCAAUCAACAAAAUUUCCAACCUAGAUGAGCGUGAGGCUCUGAGCAUAUUCCGAAGAAACUUGGACCCGGAACAAAAUGAAAGAUAUGUGGUCGAGUUGAUCAACAAAGAACCCUAG